GCCAUGACUGGCUCCGCCGCCGACACUCACCGCUGCCCCCACCCCAAAGGCGCCAAAGGCACCCGGUCCCGGAGCAGCCACGCGCGGCCGGUGAGCCUCGCCACCAGCGGGGGCUCGGAGGAGGAGGACAAAGACGGCGGGGUGCUGUUUCACGUGAACAAGAGCGGCUUCCCCAUCGACAGCCACACCUGGGAGCGCAUGUGGAUGCACGUGGCCAAGGUGCACCCCAAGGGGGGCGAGAUGGUGGGCGCCAUCAGGAACGCCGCCUUCUUGGCAAAGCCCUCAAUACCCCAGGUCCCAAACUACAGGCUGUCGAUGACGAUCCCAGACUGGCUCCAGGCGAUCCAGAAUUAUAUGAAGACGCUACAAUACAAUCACACAGGCACCCAGUUCUUUGAAAUUAGGAAAAUGAGACCGCUGAGUGGGCUAAUGGAAACCGCAAAAGAGAUGACCCGAGAAUCCUUGCCUAUCAAAUGCCUGGAAGCUGUCAUCCUGGGCAUAUACUUAACCAAUGGGCAGCCUUCCAUUGAGCGAUUCCCCAUCAGCUUUAAAACCUGCUUCUCAGGAAACUGCUUUCACCACGUCGUGCUGGGAAUUUACUGCAAUGGCCGGUAUGGCUCACUGGGCAUGAGCCGAAGGGCAGAGCUGAUGGACAAGCCACUGACCUUUCGGACUCUGAGUGACCUCAUCUUUGACUUUGAAGACUCCUAUAAGAAGUACCUGCACACAGUCAAGAAGGUCAAGAUUGGGCUGUACGUUCCUCAUGAGCCUCAUAGCUUCCAGCCCAUUGAAUGGAAGCAGCUGGUCCUCAAUGUCUCCAAGAUGUUGAGGGCUGACAUAAGGAAGGAGCUGGAGAAAUUUGCCAGGGACAUGAGAAUGAAGAUCUUGAAACCUGCAAGUGCCCACUCUCCAACCCAAGUGAGAAGCCGGGGAAAAUCGUUGUCCCCCCGAAGGAGGCAAGCAAGCCCCCCAAGAAGGCUCGGCAGGCGAGACAAGUCGCCUGCCCUGCCUGAGAAGAAGGCGGCUGAGCUGAGCACUCUGAAUGAGGUGGGCUACCAGAUCCGAAUUUAGCCAGCCUGGCCGAGCCAGCCAGAGCGUCCUGUGGUGCUUCUCCCUGCACUUGCCCCAGCGUCGUCAGCAGCAACGACUAUUGAAGAACUGGAGCAUUUUGUUUGUAAGGACUGACCUGGAGAUAGAAUCUGAGUGGGUGGAAACAUUUAGCUUUAAACAGUUCACCAAGAGGCAACCGUGAAAAGGUGAAGCCAUCAGCCCGGCUGGGGUUGGACUGCCUGCCUCCCUCAAGACCUCAAGGAUAACCACCGUGACUGUAGUUUUGUACUUUUCCAUUGACCUACUUUCUGUUCCUUGCUUUGAACAUGAGGCCACACCAGUAGGAAGCGCUCACGAAGUCAUCUCUGCCACUUUUGGUAUAGUAAGAUAACUCAGUCGGUAUUACUGUCUCUCAGCAAUAACAGAAGCAAAGAUGGGUGUUUUUUUUUUUUUAAGCAGUCACUGUUACCUCAGUAUUUGACAUCAGAUAUGCAAAACUUAAUGGUGUUUUUUUUUUUUUUUUUUUGUAUUCUCUGUACCGUUUCCCCAGUACUUCCCAUGGGGAUCUCCACGACUUUGGGUUUUUUUUUCCUGGUGCACGGUAUGAGAUUUAAGGUUAUUAUAUGCAACUGUUUUACUAAAACAGCACUGAAAUUCUUGUGGCAAUACGAGAAUCCACGUUCAGGACUCCACAGUUACUUCCUCUGUAGUCUUUUGUAAAGCGUUCUCUAACAGCAGUUUUCCAUCUUCCAAAGGAAAACAUCAGGCAUGUUCGGCAGCUAGUCAGUGUUCUGUCACUACCAUUUAAACCGCAGAUUCCAGCGAAAAGCACAAGAGGCCACACGCUUGCUCCACACGCUUAGCGACAUCCUGGCUGCCUCUGACAGGAACACAUCCAGCAAGGCCGAGAGCCCAGGAAUGCAGUGGCAGGUCUCGAGGGCGACAGCCUUCCUGUUCAUCCUUCAUCUGAGGUUUAAAACUCCGAGCCAGGUUUUAAUUCUGAGGGACUGCGGCUAAAGCUGUGUUCCGAUGUCUUCUAUUCGGGCCACGUGUGACAUGAUGUGAUUAUUUUCCCAUACCUUAUUGAGGUACCAUUUCGUGACAUUUAGUAAGUAUUAGAAAACAACAACGCAGAGAAGUGAGACUUUUUUUUUUUUUUUUUUAAUGGAAAAGCCUUUGGCAUCAACUUUUUGGUGUGAUUUAGCCCGUGAAGCACCAUGGACUGAGUAUACGGCCAGUACGUGAAUCUGUGACUUCCGGCUGCAGCCCAUGGAAGGUGGGUCUCCUGGCAUGCGCGCACUGUUCUGUCGGAAAAGCCUGGAGAAGAGCAUCUGUCUCGUUUGUUUUCUCUUAGCUGUCUUGUCACCUUGUGAGACCAAGACGCUUCCGUGAGUGAAAUCUGCGAGUCAACAACGUGCUGAUGAGCCUCGGUGCUGCUCUGGCUGCCUUUGAAGGCGGCCAUUGUACGGGAGUUUAAAAUCAUCAUCGUCAUCUGCUCCUGAAGAUUCCUCCUCACUAAAACUCUGGGGGUGACGUGAAAAGCCAAAAAGCCUUCACCCUGCAACUAUAUUCACAAACGCUCACUUUGCCCCAAAAUAAAUAUUAAUGAAAAGUAGUUUUAUUGAAAAAGAAGGCAGUCUGAUGUUCUUUAGUGAACAGAACUAAGUAAGACACCUUCAUUAAAAUGCUGCCUGAGAAUCCCGAACUACAAGAACAGUGUUACCAGAGUUCAACGGGAGUUAUCUCUGUGUAUCUUCACACAGCAAACCUGUUUACAGCCUCAUGGACAUAUGUAUCACAUGUCUGUAGUCAAUCGUUUCGUUCCCAUUUGGAAACCAUCCUGACCUAGCCAUUAUCUUCUGUGUAUCCACCUGAAAUUUCAUGACAUCCAGUAAGUACGCUACUUACAACACUGCCACCAUUCUACAAGUAAGAGCUUGAAAUAGGAUUUGCCAAGUGUUAAAGUCCGAUUUAGAAUCGACUGUGCCAAAUAGCUGCAUAGUGUCUGGUUUCCAACAAAAGGAGAAAGAGUAGAAAUAAUUUUCUAAAUGCUGAUGUAUAAGCCUUAACACUGCCAACUGGCUUAAUAAUUGAAUUUUCUUCCAUGCUCACUUCUUGAAUUUUAAAUUCAUUUCCCUAAAGCAAGAGUUAAUCAUAGAAAUGUGAAAAUUCAUUUAAAAUGCUAUUAGUUGUCACUAGUUUUACUGCCCAUGGAAUAUGUUAAUUUCUUACAGAUAUGGAAAAGGCACCAAACUCCUAAAUUCUAAAAUGCAAUAAUUAAAAGUAUUACGGCAAAAAAACCUCUAUUCCAAAUGUUUGACCUCCCCAAAAUUGAGUUUAAGACUGGCUAUAUUCAAAAUAUUAAAAAAAUUAUGAAAUGAUCUGAAAUCUAGUUUAAAAGUUAUGCAAGACAAAUUUUAUGUUUAUGCCAUUAUGGUAAUAUAUGCAAAGUUUAAAUGGAUGACAGAAAUCUUAAUUUUAGACUAUGUUGUGCUGUUUUGAGUACACUUUAUUUCAGAAAGUGAUAUUUAGUAUUUUCUAUAUACUCUGAAAUCAUGAGCAUUUCACUUUUUCUAA